AUGGCUCAAGAGCCCAUCCAGCAAAGUAAAACUGCUAUCCGUCAUGGUACGGGGCUCAUGGUCGUGCGACCACCAACCCCAUCCUUGGUACCUCUCAUAAACGUCCCAGUCCCCCCUGCAAUCCAUCGUGCAUAUGCUCGAGCCAACGACCAAGCAUCUGCGACUUUAGAAUCAAACACUACAGUCAAUGUCAAUAUUAAUGUCAACGUAAAUGUCUUGAUGGAAGGCCAUGUUUUUGUUCCCGGACAAACAAUCAACGAGAUUGCAAUGCAGUCAGCAGUUGCUGCUUCGACAUUGACAGUUGAAGUACCUAAGCGCAAAAAGUCAAAAGUUAAAGUCAAGACCUUACCUCCAACAUCACCACAAAAACAACAAACCCGACCAGCGUACUCAGGUCCGCCUGUGAAGACUCUUAACUCUUCACUUGGUGUGCCAACCCGCAGACCCCCAGCUACUGAACUUAAACCGUCACCGCUAUCUCAGUCGGUAGAAAAUGCAUCUCCUGAAUCAUCAGAAGAUGAGAGUUCCGAAGAAGAAGAAGAUAAAUCUGAAGAAGAGGAGAAGGAAGAAGAAGACCAGGAUUUAACAAACUCCCAGAAUCAAAAUACCCCUGAGGUUCCACCACAAACAAACCUGCCCCUGGAAUUACCCCCAGCAAAAGACUCCAACCCAUAUCCCAAUCUCCGUGAUUCCCUGAUUGUUGCGAUUGUGAAACCCUACAAGGAAAUCACACCUGAUGGAACUAUGCUCAUGCGCUCUCGCAGUCAGAAUAAUCGUUCGCGGCUGGCUCGAAAGUAUAGUGCUAGUACUUUGACCACUAAAAGUAGUAGCAGCCGCACAACCAUUACCCCCACCAGUUCGGCUGACAAGCAACAUCCUUGUGGGCCAGGUCCAUCCGACUCAAGCUACAGUAACAUUGGUAUCAAGCGUGCUAAUACAGUUCAUUCUCAAAGUCCAAUAGAACCACCAAGAGAAAAAUCUGAGCGACCAUCUGCAGCCCCAGUCGCAUUCCGCUUACCGUUUCAACUCCCAACAUCAGACCCUCAAGUACGUACAGGUCUAACACCGCCAGUUAAUAAUCAACGACCAAAACUUUCUGUCUCAGCAGCAGCAGCAGCAGCAGCAGCAGCAGCUACACCUUCUUCAUCCGAAUCAUCUUGUUCAGAGUCCAGUUUUUCAUCACCUACAUCCCCACUAUCACCCGAGUCGCCACUAUCUCCACUGGACAAAAAGCUUGGCCAUUUGGCCCCGCCUUAUCACCCGCCUCUCAAAGCACCUAUUGAUGCGCAACCCGGGACUCAGUUCACCCCAACCCCAUCUCAAACCCCUUUAGUUUCUUCACCUCAGCCUUCUUACACGCCCAAUAAUUGGCGCCGGCCUUCUGCGCCUGAACCUUGUGCUCGAAAUCACCCACUAAUUCACCACCACCACCAGCAGCUGCAACAACAACAAGGCGCAGACAAUAACGGAUAUGCAUUAGCUACAGCUCAAACUACUACGGGAAUAGUCAAUGUGAUUCCGUCGGCAGCUGGUCCUGGAAACAGACAAGCCAUGACGCCUCAUUAUGGACUGCAACAAAUGCGGCCCUACCGCAGAGCAACCGAAAUUUCGCCGGGACAGGCAUCCGACUUGAACAACUCCCUAAAUCUGAAAAUUUCUCAGCAACAUAUUCAGCAAUCUAAGACAUACAAGUCUUUUUCGCUGUCGCGGCAACUGUCACUCACAGAAGAAGACCAUGACGCUCACAAGCUUCCUAGUUUUUCAAGUUCCUCGGAAGAUACAGAGCCAUAUCAGCAACAGUCUACUUCCGUAAGCGCUGAAAACUACGUAGGAAAGGUCGCAUCUGUUUCUGUUAAUAAUACCACCAUUACCAGUGAGGUUAGAUUGCCGCCUGCUUCUGACAUGACUCAAAUCAAGAUCCAAAACGAGGAAAAGGAUAAGCGACACCAACAAGAAGUUACAUGCUCAUCUUUGAUUGAAAAGCCUGUACGGAAAACAGUUCCUACUCCGCUUGAUCUUGCACCUCCGCAGUUUGUGGCUUCACUUCCGUCAUCACCUAAAGUUUUCGAGGUAGCUACCUUGCCAAAAUCAGCUCCGGCAAGCAAGACAACAUUUGGAAACAUUCCCGAUACUGGUAAUCAACAGUCAAAAGUCAUUACAAAAAUUCAACCUCGUUCCCAUCUUAGCCCGACCUCAACUACUACUGCGCCCACAAUGGGCUCUAGUCUUAUGGCACCAGGCGGACCUUCGCUUUUGGAUGUGCGCCGCAUCAUACAACAACAGCUCGGAGGAGGCUUGCCGAUGCCCAACGGUAACGGUACUAGCAACAAGCAUGUGCCCGUGGUGCGGGCCAGUGCGUUGUAUGAUUACGAACUUGAAUUGUAUGACGACUACAUGCAUUCGAGUGGUGGAAGUGAGGCCAGCACUCCGCGAGUCUCAAGCGUGCAAUCAUGGGGCGAUAGGACGUCUUCCGAGAUAAAUGUUGAUCAAAUAAGAGUUUAG